AUGAAUAUGACCCCCGAAGAGAUGGCGGCAAAGGCGGGCGAUUCUAGGUCCGGAGUCGCGAUUGGAGUGUCAGUCUCGUUGAUGGCUCUGUCAGUCCUCAUGGUCGGGCUACGGCUCUGGUGUCGGCGGCAGAGGCAGAUGCUGGCGCUUGACGAUGUGACUGCAGUGGUGGCUCUGGCUUGCGUUUUAGGCUGUGGGUCAUCAAUCGUCGCCAUGACACAUUAUGGACUGGGCCGACAUGUCUAUACAUUAUCCCCUCAACAGGUAUCCCUUUACCUCCGAUGCUUCUGGAUAUCGAUCUUGUUCUAUACCUACGCGCUCUUCGCCAUCAAGUUGACGUUUCUAAUCCACUAUUACCGAAUCAUGUCUGUCUCUAACAUGAGAUGGCUAUACUUGGGCGCACUCGGUUUCAUCAUCCUCUGGGGAACCUACCAAUGCAUUGGAGUGUUUUUCUUUUGCACCCCAAUUCAAUCUUUUUGGGAUUCAGGUGUCAAGGGACGCUGCAUGCUUUCCCAACCUACUAUGUGGCUCAUCAGUGGUAUCGUGCACAUCGUCACUGACUUCGCAAUCAUCGUCAUGCCUCUACCCAUUGUGUGGAAGCUUCAGCUUCCACGAUCCCAGAAGUUAUAUCUCACUGGUAUUUUCGGCCUAGGAACACUUACUCUCGCGAUCGCUAUUCUCCGCGUGCAGUGGCUUGACCCCGUUACAGACAUGACAUGGUGGAACGUCACAGCAGCUUCAUGGUCCAUGGCAGAGAUCGUGUCUGGAAUAACUUGUGCUUGCCUUCCGACUUUCAAGCCCUUGCUGGUUGGUAUCAAGAAUUGGCUCUCUCGAUCAGAUGAUGGAGACAGCACCAUUUGUCUCCAGGAUCAAGGAAGCGACGGGCUCACUGGUUCAACCUUGGCUGCAUUUGAGGGUCAUGGAGGUGUCGGUACUGGACCGAAAAUACCCACCAGUAUCUCAAUGUAUGGAACCCAGACGAGCAUAUCGGCAUACCAGGGCGGAAACAAAUCGAAGAAGAAACCAACACAGAUGGUAUAG